AUGGAAUCAAGCGACUCCGGCAAGUGGAAAGAAGCGUGUGACUCGGAGUUCGAUUCGCUUCAGAGAAACGACACGUGGGAAAUCGUGCCUCUUCCGAAAGGUCGCAAGGCCAUCGGGUGCCGAUGGGUUUUUCGUGUAAAGGAGAAUCAAGAUGGCGAAGUUGAACGUUUCAAGGCAAGACUUGUGGCCAAAGGAUUCUCACAGAAAUUCGGAGUUGACUAUGAAGAAACUUUCGCACCGGUGGCCAAGUUCACAUCGAUUCGUGUGGUGCUCAGUAUGGCGGCUAAGUACGGCCUAAUGCUACAUCAGAUGGACGUCAAGACAGCGUUUCUUAACGGCUCCCUCAACGAAGACAUCUACAUGGACCAGCCGGACGGAUACCUGGAUGCAACACAGCCGGACUAUGUGUGCAAGCUAAAGAGAUCACUCUACGGCUUGAAGCAAUCGCCUCGCAUGUGGAACCAAACAAUCGAUGGGUUCAUGAUCAAGAUGGGAUUCAAGAAGUGCGAAUCGGACCACUGCAUCUACAUCAAGCGAGACGACCAAGACAUGAUUCUCGUGGUGCUCUACGUCGAUGAUCUCAUCCUGGCCAGCAGCAACAACGAACUCCUCAAGUCAACCAAGAUGGCGCUGAGCAAACGCUUCGAAAUGACGGAUCUCGGUGAGCUCGAUUACUUUCUCGGCAUGGAGAUCAAGAACGACCGUAAGACGGGAAUGGUGACUGUACAACAAACCAAGUUUCUCAAGUCCGUGUUAACCAAGUUCGGAAUGGAUAACAGCAAGCCAGUGAAGACGCCUCAAGAUCCCGGCCUGAAGCUAACCAAGAACAUGUGUGAACAAGAAUGCAAGCACGAAGACACCAUGUGCAACGUGCCAUAUCGAAGUGCUGUCGGAGGCAUCAUGUAUCUCAUGGUCGCCACACGUCCGGAUCUAGCUGCUGCAGUGGGAUCAUUAUCCCAGUUCUCGUCCGACCCAUGCCCGACUCACUGGCAAGCUUUGAAGCGUGUGCUGAGAUACCUGCAAGCAACGCCCAAUCAUGGUCUUGAGUUUACACGUGAAGAAGGAAGCCGUAUCUGCGGGUACACCGACGCAGACUGGGCCGGCGACAUUGAGUCAAGACGAAGUACAAGCGGCUAUGUGUUCAUGAUGAGCGGAGGAUGCAUCAGCUGGAAAAGCCAGAAACAACGGACGGUCGCGCUAUCUUCAACAGAAGCAGAAUACAUGGCGCUUUCCGAAGCAACCAAAGAAGCAGUAUGGCUCAAGGUGCUUUUGGGGGAACUUGGUGAGAUGACAAGCGACGAAGCGAUCAAGAUGUAUGAAGACAACCAAGGAUCAAUCGCUCUCGCCAAGAACCCGGAGUUCCAUAAGAGAACAAAACACAUCGACAUACGCUACCAUUUUGUGCGUGAGAAGGUGGAAUCAGGUGAAGUCGUUUUGGAGUAUUGCCCGACUCAAGAUAUGCUGGCAGACAUGAUGACCAAGCCGAUCGCCGCUGUACAAUUUGAAAACAUUCGCGAUCGACUUGGGAUCCAAGGUGCCGCAGCUAACGAGUCGAGAGGGAGUGUUGAAAAGACAGCGGCUGUGAAGAAGACACCUCGUCAAGCUGCGUCAAGUGUUGAAGCAAGUGGAAGACCAAGCUUCGCUAUACCGGUGGGUACCGGUAUGUACCAAAGUCUAAAGUUCAUCACGGCAAAACUACCAAGAGGCCAAGGCGCGAUCGGCACCAAGUGGGUGUUCAAGAUCAAGCGCAAAGCGGAUGGAUCGGUCGAGAAAUACAAGGCGCGUCUCGUUGCCAAGGGCUUCAAGCAGAAGUACGGCAUCGACUACACAGAGACGUUCUCGCCCGUGGUCAAGUACGUGACACUGCGUAUGGUGAUCGCGAUCACCAAGUAUUUCGACUGGCCACUGGACCAACUCGAUGUGGUGACAGCCUUUCUCUACGGAGUGAUGAAGGAGAAGGUGUACUGCGUGGUACCAGAAGGCGUCGAGAUGGAUGGCGACUUCGACUGUCUCGAGUUGGUGAAGGCGAUCUACGGUCUCAAGCAAGCUUCACGUGUGUGGAACGAGACUUUCGAUGAGUUCGUAUGCUCUAUCGGUUUCGAAGCGUCGGCGUUCGACCCAUGUCUCUACAUCAAGGUUGUCGAUGGUCACUGUGUGCUCGUGCUGGUCUACGUGGAUGACGUGUUGGUCACCGGCAGCUCGCUCGAGUUGAUUGCGCAGACGAAGGCCGACCUCAAGACGCGUUUCGAGAUGACCGACAGUGGCAAGUGUACUUUUGUACUGGGCAUCGAACUGGUGGACGAAUCGGAUGGCAGCGUGACGAUGUGCCAGCGACGGUAUGUCAACGACAUCCUCAAGCGCUUCGGCAUGGAUGAGUGCAAGGCCACAUCAAGUCCGGUCGACUUGAGCACUCGGCUUGUCGCAAGCACCGAAGCGGCCAAGAUCGACGUUCCGUUUCGUGAAGCUGUGGGAGCUUUGAUGCACUUGACGACUGCGACGCGCCCGGACAUUGCGUAUGCUGUGGGGUACGUCUCGCGCUUCAUGGAGAAUCCGCAGCAAGAAUAUUGGACGGCGGUGAAGCGCAUCUUUCGUUACUUGCAAGGGACCAAGUCGCACGGACUCCGAUUCCAGCCAAGCGAUAAGAUCGACUUUCGUGGCUACUCGGACGCGGACUGGGCCGGCGACCACGCUGAUCGCAAGUCGACUUCGGGUUACACUUUCAUGCUGAUGGGUGCUCCUGUGAGUUGGGGAAGCAAGAAGCAGUCAAGUGUGUCGCUGUCGACGAGUGAAGCGGAAUACAUCGCACUGAGUCUGGCCAUCCAGGAAGGCAAGUGGGUGCAUCGCCUGCUAUGCGAGAUUUUGGCGGCCGCAAACGAACCAGGACCGGACCUCGUCAUCCGUGAAGACAACCAGUCCUGCAUCAAGAUGACAAAGAAUCCGGUGAAUCAUGGCCGCGCCAAGCACAUCGACAUCAAGUACCAUCACAUCCGUGAUGAGGUCAAGCGCGGUGAAGUGCAGCUCGAGUAUUGCGAGACUUCCGUGAUGAUGGCGGACAUCAUGACCAAGGGACUUUCGGGACCUCGUCACAAGGACUUGACGACGGCUCUCGGCAUUCGUGCGAGUUCGGAUUGA